AUGCGACUUACCGUGAAGUCUGAAUGUAAUAUCUCGUAUGGAGUUUGUCCCAAUGGCAUAACGAACAUCACAGCUUCCAGUGGUGAGCUUGAAUAUCCUGAGUCAGGUACUUAUGGUAAGAAUGAGACCAAAUGUUGGAGCAUUACGGUCCCCGACACUUAUCAUCGCAUUCAAUUUUAUUUUUCCAGGAUUGAUAUAGAAAGUUGCUCCGAUUGUAAGUGCGACUAUCUUCAAAGAGGAACUUCCUACAGCUAUUUGAACCAGCUGUUUAAAGAAUGUGGACGAUAUAGUUACAACUAUUUACAGGGAUAUAUCGUCAACGUCGACUGGACAACUGGCGACAGUUUGGCUGGACCGACGGUCUAUCUUCGCUUCGUGUCGGAUGAUACUGUACACUACACAGGAUUUAAGUUGACCUUCAUAGCCAUGUCCAGGAAAGGGGGUACAGCAAACUAUCUGAAUGUAACCGAAGAUGAAACUAUUGAGUUUGGCACACCAAAAGUCGACAUUGAGAACUACCCCUCAGAUUACGCAGAACAGUGGAUUUUAAUCGUCCCUGAGGGACGGAAUGUCCAGAUAGACUUCGACAUAUUUGAACUUGAAGACAGCGAGGAUUGCAAAAACGAUUAUGUUGAGUUCCGUGAAGCAUCCAUCAUGGCUGGUGAUCCCAAAAGAAUAUAUGGCCAUUUUGGUUCAAUCCUGACAGGACGCCUGUGUGGAAAUACAAAGCCAAACUCGAUACUGAGUCAAGGGAAUAUGGUUUGGGUUCAGUUCGUGAGUGACAGAAACUCUACCACAGUGUACAAGGGACUCAAAGCUUCUUUUAAAGCAGGACAGGGAAGCGGAUUGCCUGUAAGCCGUCCAAUGAUGCUUCUUUUUCUCUCAGCUUUGAUCAUGCAUGUGUCAAAGAACAACUUGUUGUAGUCCUGUCAAGUGUAUCCGGGAGAUGUCUUUUGUUUGCUGAAGUUUUGAAACAUAUGCAUUUUGGUAAACUCUGAUUGUGGACUAAAAAGUUUUAAUAUCAAGUAUUUGAGUGUGAAGCUUUGUCCCGGGAAUCUUUCUUUUAAGUCAUUUUUAGCUGUCAGCGGAUCGAAUUUAUCUGUGUGUUUUGGUUUUUUUUUUAGUGUUAAAAAGUUUUUCAGAUCAGUUUUACAGCUAAAUCGAUUUCAUUGGUAUGCAUAGAUUUAGUACAAGAAAAAAGAAAUGUAGCCGGUGUGAAAGCCCUUAGACUUGAAAAAGCUUGAACAACAUUAUGUGCAUCUUAAAAAUAAUUUAGUAUAUAUGCGUUAUUGGCCAAGCGUGAGGGCAAGAUGGCAGGAUAUUGUCACAGUUGUUUUUCUUUUUUUGCAUUCUUGUGGCUGGGACGAGGUCAAGGUGCAUAAAGAAGCAAAAACGGGGCUAAAUAAAACAAAACGGGGCUAACAUUCUGCCAUCUUGACCCAACAAACUUGGUAAAUCAAGGAUUUAUCAUACA